UCGAAAGGCAACGCACACGCUCUGCAUGGAGCCCACCUCGGUUGACUUCUCGAAACUGACGAGAGGCUACAGGGAAAUCAGUAUUCCGGUUGACUGGGGCCACAUAGCAGCAAAAUGGUGGGGUCCGGUUGAUGUGCAGCCUGUGGUCGCAAUCCACGGCUGGCACGACAAUGCCAACUCCUGGGACCCUUUGAUGAACAUGAUGCCACCCGACUUGGCCUUCUUGGCCAUCGACAUGCCUGGCAACGGCCUUUCUUCCAAUUUCCCGAGCUCCACGUGGUACCACGCGAUUGAAGACAUCAUGGCUUUGCGGGCAAUCUGUAAGCACUUCCAGUGGAGGGAGAUGGUCACCUUCUUAUGCCACUCGUACGCAACAGGACACGCUUUCAACUACGCAGCGUCGUAUCCACAUGAGGUGAAGAAAGUGAUUGGCAUCGACUUCAUUACGCCAGUUGGAGUCACGCAUCAGACUCUGGUGAAGAGCGGUGGUCGACGCCUUGACAGAGCCAUCGAUGCGGUGGUAACGGGCGUGAAGCGACCUGCGAAAACCCUAGCCGAGCACGCUGAGGACUAUUGCAAAGCGAACAACAACGGAAUCAGCCUGGAGGGCUCCAUGUUCAUGGUGGAACGGUCGAUGGAAAGGGCGGAAAGCGAUCCGAACCUGUUCUGCAGCUCCCGCGACGGUCGCAACUCGACCCAGUUCUAUUACAGUUUUCCCAAUAACUUCAUCCUGGAGCUAGCAAAACAGAUCAGAUGCGAGUAUUACGUAAUCAGGGUCACUCUGCCUGGUUUCGCGGAGCGCCUCGAGCUGAUGUUUAAAGGUGAAGAAAUCCUGCGGAGUUGCGCCAAGAGGUUCGAGUUGGUGCAAGUCGAAGGGACGCAUCACGUGCAUUUUGAUCAUCCUGAGAGAGUCAUUGAACCGAUUUUGAGGUGGUUGAGAACGAGUGCGGAGACGGAAAGCCCGAUGGAACCGAAUUCUCUAAACAGAAGCCGGCUGUGAUGUAAGCUCGUUGCGUAAAAACUAAAGAGGAAAGGUAUAUUUUUUAUUUUUGAUAUCAACACUUACGGCUUUA